ACAGAGCCACACUGAGGUCUCUGUUGGGAAAGCAGCAGGCGGACUGAGAGAAGUGUUCGCUUUUCUGCCCCGGGGGGAGAGAAAUCACAGAUAACACACACACACACACGGGGGAAGGAAGACUUCAGCGUCGACUGUGAAGACGCAGGGGGGUGUCUCUGGUUCAUUCCUUCAGAUUCUGCUCAAACAUCCCGUUUGGAGGAGCUUUUUUUUUCACACUGUUUGGCACUGCUCUCCUCUUGCUGGUAAAGAUCCCAGAUCAAGAGAAGCCAACGCGCGUUUACCCUGGACUGAGAAGCGUUUUGUUUUGAGAGUGUGUGUGUGUGUGUGUGUGUGUGUGUGUGUGUGUGCGCGUGUGUGUUUGUGUUUUUUUUCUUCUACUGCUGGAUUAUCUACCCAAACAAAUACGCACAAGUGGCACACCGACGGAGAAGUCAAGGCAAAGGGAUUACAAUUGGUGUGCAUGCGCGUCUUCCCCUCUCUGAGUCGGGAGCAAAGUGCUGCUGAAUCUACUCCACCUGGACUUUGGAGCUUCUUCUUCUUCUCCUUCUUCUUCCUCCUCUUCUUCACUGAGCUGGACUUGACAGGAGGAGAUAAGAAUCUGUUGGAGCACACACACACACACACACACACACACACGUUUGAGCAGCUGGAAGGGGGAGAAAAACUGAGAAUCCUGCGAAAAUGCCUCUCGCACAGAUCGCGGAGCCAUGGCCCACCAUGGAACUAGUGCAGCUGGAGACAGAGAAUGGGCAGAGCACGACUGAGGAUGGAGUCGCCCCUGCUGUCAAGAACGAGUCUGGCAUCUCCUGGAUAGAGAAGGAAUUUGCAAAUAUUAGAACCCAGGACGAUGGAGAAAUCAAGGAGAUCAACAUCACACAUGUGGUCAAGGAAGGCUCGGAGAAGGCUGAUGCAUCUCAGUUUGAACUGCUCAAAGUUUUGGGACAGGGAUCAUUCGGCAAGGUGUUCUUGGUGCGAAAGGUGACCGCCCCUGAUGCCAACCAGCUCUACGCCAUGAAGGUCCUCAAGAAGGCCACACUCAAAGUGAGAGACCGUGUGAGAACCAAGAUGGAGAGAGACAUCCUGGCAGACGUCAACCACCCGUUUGUUGUCAAACUGCACUACGCAUUCCAGACCGAAGGGAAGCUGUACUUGAUCCUGGAUUUUCUCCGAGGAGGAGAUCUCUUCACCAGACUCUCCAAAGAGGUGAUGUUCACUGAGGAGGAUGUAAAGUUUUAUCUGGCAGAGCUGGCACUUGGACUGGACCACCUCCACAGCCUGGGCAUCAUUUACAGGGACCUCAAACCUGAAAACAUUCUCCUGGAUGAAGAGGGUCAUAUCAAACUUACAGAUUUUGGCUUGUGUAAAGAAGCCAUCGAUCAUGAGAAGAAAGCGUAUUCCUUCUGCGGUACUGUGGAGUACAUGGCACCCGAGGUGGUGAACAGACAGGGACACACCCACAGCGCCGACUGGUGGUCAUUUGGAGUGCUGAUGUUUGAGAUGUUGACCGGGUCACUGCCGUUUCAAGGGAAGGACCGCAAAGAAACUAUGAGCCUGAUUCUGAAGGCGCGGCUGGGCAUGCCUCAGUUCCUGAGUACGGAGGCUCAGUCUCUGCUCAGGGCCUUGUUUAAGAGGAACCCUUCCAACAGACUGGCAUCUGGCGCCGAUGGUGCAGAGGAGAUCAAAAGACACGGUUUCUUCUCCACCAUAGACUGGAAUAAACUCUUCAGGCGAGAGAUUAAACCUCCAUUCAGACCAGCGGUGGCACGUCCGGAUGACACCUUCUAUUUUGACUCUGAGUUCACCUCCCGCACCCCUAAAGACUCCCCUGGAGUUCCCCCAAGUGCAGGAGCUCACCAGCUCUUCAGAGGCUUCAGCUUUAUUGCGUCGACUCUGUUGGAGGAGGAAGGUUCAGCGGAGCCAGUCAAACCCCCACCACACCCGGUGGUUCAGCAAUUACACGGGAAGAACCUGCUGUUCAGCGACGGCUAUGUACUGAAGGAAGACAUCGGCAUGGGCUCCUUCUCUGUCUGUAAACGAUGUGUCCACAAAGCCACCAACACAGAAUACGCCGUCAAGAUGAUUGAUAAAACCAGCACAGACCCGUCUGAGGAGAUCGAGAUUCUGCUCCGAUAUGGACAGCACCCCAACAUCAUCACCCUGAAGGAUGUGUACGACAACAAUAAGCAGGUGUUCCUGGUGACGGAGCUGAUGCGUGGAGGAGAGCUGCUGGAUCGGAUCCUCAAGCAGAAGUCCUUCUCGGAGAGAGAGGCCAGCGCCGUGCUUCACACCAUCACCAAGACAGUGGAUUACCUGCACGCACAGGGGGUGGUGCACAGAGACCUGAAGCCCAGUAACAUCCUCUACGUCGACGAUUCAGGGAACCCCGAUUCCAUCCGGAUCUGUGACUUUGGCUUCGCUAAGCAAUUGCGUGCCAACAACGGCCUGCUGAUGACCCCGUGCUACACCGCUAACUUUGUAGCCCCUGAGGUGUUGAAGCGUCAGGGUUAUGAUGAAGGAUGCGACAUCUGGAGUCUGGGAGUCCUGCUGUACACCAUGCUGGCCGGUUUCACCCCAUUCGCCAACGGACCUGAGGACACCCCCAAGGAGAUCCUGAACAGGAUAGGCAACGGUCACUUCAGUCUGACUGGAGGAAGCUGGGACCCUGUGUCUGAUUCUGCCAAGGACCUCGUGUCCAAGAUGCUUCAUGUGGACCCCCAUCAGAGACUGACAGCUCAGCAGGUCCUCAAACAUCCCUGGAUCGUCCAGAGGGACAAACUACCCAACAACCAGCUCCCACACCAUGACCCCAAAGUGGUCAAGGGUGCGAUGGCAGCCACCUACUCCGCUCUGAAAAACUCCCAACCGCCUCCAGAACUCAAGCCCAUCGAGAGCUCCUUCCUGGCCCAGCGGCGCGUCAAGAAGCUCCCCUCCACCUCCCUGUAGAGACUCUUUGAAAAAAAAAAAAAAAAAAACACACACAGCCAAUCAGCUCAUUGGAGACUGGCCAAAACUGCACCCCCCUUGGCUCCAACCACGCAGUCAGCUUGCAUCGGGGACCUCGGCGUCCACGCACCUCUAACCAGCCAAGGAACACCGACUGUGGUCCUGCCCCCAUCUGGUGACAUCACUCCCGCUCUCGCUACUGUAUCAUCCUCCCUUUUGUCGGGCUGCUGUGAGCCAAUUUUCCUGCUGUGAGGAAAAUCAUGAAAAUAGAUGGAGGGGCUAUAAGGGCAAAAUAAGAAGGGUGCAGGUUUUUGGCAGAUGUAUAAGUGGUGUGAGUGUGUGUGUGUGUGUGUGUGUGUGUGAGUGUGAGUGCGAUGGUGCAUGACCUGCCUCGGGGAGUCGAUGCAGCCAUGUUUUUCCGAUUGUGACAAUGACAGUUUUCUCUCCUCAUCACUGCUGUAAUCGGUUGUCAUUCGGCUUUGCUGCACGCCUGUUCGUCUGCCUGUUCUGUUGUGUUUUCUGUCUUCUUUUUGUAAAGUUGACGAGCUUUAUAUUACCGGUUGUGCUGCCAAAUCAAACUGUGCCGACAGCACGGAACCAGACUACUGUCCAACUGCUGUUAAAUGUUUUUCUUGAAAGAGCAUAAUGAAUAUGAAAACAUUUCUACCAUAAAAUGCCUCUUUUGGCUUCGGUACAGCCAGAACAAGUGGAUUCUGGGAAAUGUCAAUGCUGAUGUUUUUGUUAAUGUCAAUCUAUGCUUGUUUUUGUUUUACAGAGAGAGUGUGAGUAUGUUUGGUGUGUGCGCUAGUUGCAUGACUUGCAGUGUGUGUGUGCGUGCGUGUAUGUGUGUGUAGUGUCUUGCUGGAUGCUGCAGGGUCAUGUGCAUGGUCCGGUGAUGUGAUGAUGUCAUGUGGCUUCCUCGUUUCUCUCCCCUCUCUUCUCUGCUUGGUCGAUAUGCUGGCAACCAUUUUGAGAUGUCUCUUAUUUUUUAUUACUACAAAAAUUAGUAACAUAGGUGGCUUUCUGUGAAAGAAAACUUGCCCCAAAAGGAACAAUGUGGCAUGUUUGAAAAAAAAAAAAAAAAAAAAUCUAUAUUUGCUCUGUUUUGUUUUUUCUUCCCACUGUGUUUCUUUGAUGAUGCCUAUUGAAUGCCGUUUCCUAUGUUGGCUGCUUUGGUUGUUGACUCUUUUUCUUUUUUUUUGUCCAAAGAAAGUGGUGAAUAAAAGUAGUGAAAGAUACGCUGAGCACAUCACCGUCUGUGAACUCAAUGCCCCCACAGGUCUUUCCUUCUGCUUUAAAAAUAAAGGCUCACUUUUUUUUGUAUUAGAUCACUCUGAAACUGCCUCCCUCCACCGUUUAAAAAAUAAAAACCUGUGAAAUCCUUCAGAUCCGCCCUCAGCUUGGAGUUUUGUGUUAACUCUUCCAUCCAUGAGAUCUGACUUUCCUUUGACAGGCCUCAUAGGGUAGGCCUUGCUUUCAGUUCAGUGCCUGGGCCUACAGGUGAGGUUUAAACGUCACGUAUGUAAAACAUGAGAAAUAAAAAAAGAGCCUGUACACGUGGGGAAGGAGAGACCUGUGUGGCCUCAUGUUAAAUGAACCAGCUUGUCUUACCUCAAAAGGGAUCAAAGUGAUAUUAUCAAUUAUUGUUUGGUGGCAACGCUCCCUCCUUUCACUAGAUUUAUGGUAAGAUGUUAUUGUAUGAUAAAGAUGAAGAUUUUUAUAUCUUACAAUAUUAAAAAAAUGCAGUUGCUAUGAAAA